UCCUACUCGCACUGAUACCACACCUGCCUCUAGCAGUGGGAAUGAGCAAUUAGCAGCUGCUUGUCUCUAACAACGUUUAUUUUCUCGUUAGUUAUUGUACUGUACAAAAAUGUCUUACGCAGGCUAUCCGGGAGCACCUGGCGGAUAUGGUGGAGGGUAUGGUGGUGCCCCUGGUGCCCCUGGCUAUGGAGGAUUCCCUGGUCAGGCACAGGACCCUCUUUUUGGUUAUUUCUCUGCUGUGGCAGGCCAGGAUGGUCAAAUCGAUGCAGAAGAGCUCCAAAGAUGCCUCACUCAGGCAAACUUUUCUGGUGGCUACAAACCAUUCAACCUGGAGACUUGUAGGCUAAUGAUCAGCAUGUUGGAUAGAGACAUGUCAUGUACGAUGGGCUUCAAUGAAUUCAAGGAGCUGUGGAGCAUACUGCAUGCCUGGAAACAGCACUUCAUGAGCAUGGACAGAGAUCGGAGUGGGACUAUAGACCACACAGAAAUGCAACAAGCAGUUGCUUCCAUGGGUUAUAGACUAAGUCCUCAGGCUAUGACUGCAAUUGUAAAACGUUGCAGUACCCAGGGGAAGAUUACUUUUGAUGAUUAUGUGGCUUGCUGCGUAAAAAUUAGAGCUCUGACUGAUGUGUUUAGAAGAAGGGAUCAAAGUCAGCAGGGUGUGGCCAGUUUUUCAUAUGAUGACUUCAUCCAGUCUACCAUGACCAUCUGACAAGACAGGAAGACAUCCAGUUUUUCUUUACAUUCCAUGUUUUUAUAGUUUGAAAAGAAGCGUUUAAUUAGCACAUUUUUUUUUUCUAUUGCCAGAUUUAUUUUUUUUAUACUUUGACAACCAUAGUUUCUUGUUACCUGCAUAGCUGCUUCUGAAUUUCACUCUAAAUUUCUGCAUCAUUUAAUAAACUGAAUAAAAAAAUGCAGUUAAUUUAAAAUCAUUGUAUGCCAACUAUAUGAAGUUAAAUACUUGUUCAAAUUUAUUACAACCCAUGUGAAUAAAAUCAUAAUUUAUUCCAUGUGCAAUAAAUUACUCUGCACAAAUGGUCACAGUGUUCAUUUCUGUUAAAUGUUGUUUUGAACAUGGAUCGCUUACCUAAGAAUCAUGUUUAUUUUAUUGCAACUUUUUGAUGAAAAUGUCAAGAACCUGAAACCUGAAAAUGACCGCAAUUCAGAUUAUAUACAAACAUGUUAAAUGUAUGCAUCAAAAACCAAAAUAAAAUUACACUGUGCAACAA